AUGAGGCCAGCUAUCGCAGCUUUCAUUGUGGCGUUUGCCACCGGCGCGCUUAGCAAAGAUGUCGCGGCUGCGGCGAUGGCAGGUGAUGACCAGCUCACUGUCGAGGUCCUCGAUGUCCUGAAUACGAACCUCGACGCUGGUGCCACUGUCCUUCAUCGCCCCCGUGACAAUGACAACGAUAACGACAAUUAUAAUGUCAAUACUAACUGGAACGUCAACUACAAUAACAACGACAAUGACAACGACAAUGACAACGACAAUGACAACCGCAGUGGCAACCACCCUCAUUAUCGCCGUGACGUUGGGCCUGGCAAUGACACCCAUAAUGGCAACGAUAACGACAACAAGAAUGCCAACAAGAAUGUCAAUGCUAACUUGAACGUGAACCAAAAUGACAACCACAAUGUCAAUGUCAACCACAAUGUCAAUGAUAACAAGAAUGAGAACGAGAAUAAGAACAAGAAUGAGAACGAAAAUAAGAACAAGAACGAAAAUGAGAACAAGAAUAAGAACGAAAAUGAGAACAAGAACAAGAACGAGAACCACAACCACAAUGAGAACCACAAUGACAAUGACAAUGACAAUGACAACCAUGAUCAUGACCAUGACCAUGACCACGACCAUGACCACGACCAUGACCACGAUCAUGACCACGACCAUGACCACGAUCACGACCACGACCACGAUCAUGACCACGACCACGACCACGAUCAUGACCACGACCACGACCACGAUCAUGACCACGACCACGACCACGAUCAUGACCACGACCACGAUCAUGACCAUGACCACGGCCACGGCCACGGCAAUAACAGCACCUGCUCGGUCGGCGAUAAGGGUGACCACGGCCAUGGAGAUGUCGGCAAUGGCAAUGGCAAUGGCAACCAUGGAAAUGGAAAUGGAAACUGCAAUGGCAUCGACAACUGCAACCACAGUGGAAAUGGCAACGUCGUCACUCCUCCCCCUCCUGGCCACGAAGACCACGACCAUGGAGACCACGGAGACAAGGGUGACCACGGGGAUAAGGGCGACCACGGAGGCAAGGGCGGCGUCGGCAAUGGCAAUGGCAAUGACAACCAUGGAGACGGAAAUGGAAACUGCAAUGGCAUCGACAACUGCAACAACAGUGGAAAUGGCAACGUCGUCACUCCCCCACCUGGCCAUGAAGACCACGACCAUGGAGACAAAGGUGACCACGGGGAUAAGGGCGAUCAUGGAGAUAAGGGCGACCACGGAGGCAAGGGCGACGUCGGCAAUGGCAAUGGCAAUGGCAACCAUGGAGACGGAAAUGGAAAUUGCAAUGGCAUCGAAAACUGCAACCACAGUGGAAAUGGCAACGUCGUCGCUCCUCCCCCACCUCCUGCUCCUCGUCCUUCUCCAACAAGCGGAGGUGCACCAAGCAGCCCACCUACAGCACCACACGUGGAGUUCACUGGCGCUGCCAGCAUGAAAGCUGUCGGAAGAGCAUUGGUGCUUCCUCUUGCUGGGUUGAUUGGAUUGGUGUUCUAA